AUGAGCCCUACAUCAUCGCCGCGGCAGCCCGGCGCCGGCGGCGGUGCUGGCGUGGCGCGGCACGCCGCGUUCAAGGUCCACAGGGACUCCCACAGUAUACACAAGGCCACCUCGCCGCUCUCCUCGGGCUCGGGAUCGACCAACUCGUCCGUGUCGUCGCCCUCGAACGCCAUAAUCACCAGCAGCAGCCACCACCGGCCGGCCCCGGCGCCGCAGCCGCCAAGGCGGCAGCAGCAGCAGCAACCGUCACGGCCGUGGCGCGCGCCUUCGGCGGGGCGCGUCAACUCGGGGUCGGUCGUCGCCGCCGCCCCGCAGGACGAGUCGUCUUCGUCCUCGUCCGAGAGCUGCGCCAACACCACCCACGCCGCGGGGCCGCCUCCCUACGCGGACUCGCAGUUGAUGCCGCCGCUGCCGGCCCCGCCUCUGGACGCGCACUUCAUGGCGCCCGACAUCCCGCUACUGUUCGCGCCCGACGCCGCAGCAUCAGACCUGCAGCAGCUCUGCGCGCCGAGGGGACUCUACGGCCAGUUCCCGCCGCCGGUCGACGCCGUCGCGACGAUCGGCCCAGUGAUGUCGACGAACAUGAACAGCGCCGCCAGCAACGGUGGGGCCGUGUUCUCCCCGUCGAUGGUGGAGACCGUGAGGACGUUUUCGGGCUAUAAUUAG